GACAAAGUACAUCUUCCUUAGAUACCUUAGAGGAGCGCCAUGGCGGAUUGUCAGACUCUGACGUUGCUGGUCGUUCUUUGCAGUGCUUCGGCGUCCAUGUUCGUGAUGGCGCCCGUCGGUGCACAAGCUUUGGCAGCUUUGAAUCCAAUGCUGGGCAUUGUCGUUCCCAUCGGGUGUCUCCUUUGCUCUGCAGGAUGCUUAGCAGCGUCAAUUUUUGUCAAGCCAAAGGAGAGGAGUUCUGAAGACUACUAUGAAGAUGAAAGUGCGAGAAGAAGUCCUGUGCGGGCAGAAGCGGAUUCCGAUGAAGCCGCACCUCAGGUUGUUGGUGCCGACUUUCUUGGCGAAGUUUGGCAGGUCAAAGCCGGGCCUGCAGGUGGGUGGAUAGACUUCGAUGCCCAGAUCUCUUUGGAAAUCUCUGAUGCCAUAGCUAGAGGUGAAGAAUCCUUUCGGGUCACUGUCAGAGGAACGAACUACGAGAUCAAUGUCGUCGAGUACUACCAGCGGAACAUCUCCACUGGCAGGAAGAGGGACAUUCGCCAAAAGCCUCAGCUGGUGUGAAUCUGAUAUGCCAUGAGGACUGGAUCCCAAAAAGAAAGACAAUUCUUGGCUUUGUC